AUGCCUCCCAAGCGUCGGUCUCAGCGUCCGGGUCUACUAUCAAGUACCCGCCCGCCGACAGUCAAAUCCAAGCAUGCGGCGCUGUCGGCCAAGGCCACUCGGACUCUCAUUCGUUCCCACCAUCAACUUAUGAAGGCGCGAGCCCAAGCAGAGGCCGCAGGUGAUGAAGUCCGAGUGAGAAGCAUUAAUGCCCAAAUCGAAGCUGCCGGUGGUUUGGAAAGCUACCAGAUUGCCAGCAAACUAGGCCAGUCCGGGGAUCGAGGCGGCGACUCCAGUAAGAUCCUAGUGGAUUGGAUCAAGCCGCAGCUUAAUCAAUGGAAAUCCACCUUUCCCAAACUCCGAGUCCUCGAAGUUGGGGCGUUAAGCACGAAGAAUGUCUGUUCCAGGACCCCGGCCUUGGAGGUGACCCGCAUCGACCUGAAUUCUCAGGAACCGGGUAUCUUGAAGCAAGAUUUCAUGGAACGUCCGUUACCAUCUACGGAAACAGAGAGAUUCAAUAUCAUUAGUCUUUCAUUGGUGCUCAACUAUGUACCAGAUCCUGUGGGUCGGGGCGAUAUGCUCAAACGCUGUGUUCAGUUUUUGACAUCGGAAUGUCCCAUCUCCCUUCCCCCGACUCUCUUUUUCGUCCUUCCGGUGGCAUGUGUGGAUAAUUCCCGUUAUCUCACCGAGAAGAGACUUCUUGCCAUCCUAGAGAGUCUAGGCUUCCAACUCGCACAAAGCAGACGGACUUCUAAGCUCAUCUACCAAUUAUGGAACCAUACUGGUGCUUUCUCGCCUCAGUCUUUCAAGAAGGAGAUGGUCAACCCAGGCCACAAAAGAAACAAUUUCGCUGUUGUUAUGCGCGAAAGCUGA